AUGCCAGGAGAUAAUCAACAACAAAGUGCCUACAAAUAUCGAAAUACCCGUUAUGGAAUUCAUCAUGAUGAGGCUGGGGCUAAUGUUAAAUCAUCUUCACCAAAACAAUGUGAAGAUCUUUUAGCUGAAAAUCUACCAAGAAUUGAUACAGCUCGUUUAGCGAAUGAUCCAUUUUUAGGUACAGUAGCUGGUCGAUUAGCUCAAGAAAUACAUGAUGAAUUUCUUGUUUGUAAAAUAUGCUUCGAUAGUUAUACAAAUCCAAAAUGUCUUGCGUGUUUGCAUACAUUCUGUGCAAAAUGUAUUGAAAAGCAUAUAUCAGCUGAAGUUACUUAUAAUAAGUAUACAGAUUAUCGCGAUUUCACUUGCCCAUUAUGUCGAAAACGUACACAACUUCCAUUAGGUGGUGUUAAACGAUUACCAGAUAAUUUUCUAAUUUCUGGUCUAACUGAUUUAGUACUACGACAAAGAGCAUCAUCGAAUGGUUCAUCAACAGCUACAAUUAUUGGUAGUCCGACUACUUGUAGAAUUAACAAUAGAAUAGAAAAUAGUAGACAAGUAUCAACCACUGUUAACGAAAGUAUUGAUUCAUUACAUCAGUUACCAAAUUUGGAAAGGAAGCAAUUACGUUAUGGAGAAUGUGAAAUUUGUUCACAAGUAAGUCGAAUUGAUAGAGGACAUUCAAGUGAACCAUUGAAUAAAACAAAUUCAUCAGAAAUCAAUAGCCUAACUAAUACUAAUGACAAUUAUAACGGUAGUAGUCAACAACGCGCUAGUUCAGCUUGUUUAAAUAUUUCACCAAAAGCAACAUCGAAAUGUUUAGAUUGUAAUAAACUUCUAUGUGAUGAAUGUGUUCAACGACAUAGAAAUACUAAAGUUACUAAAGAUCAUGCGACAUUUGAGUUACAAUCACAUAGUGAUAUUGAAUGUAAAGAUCAUCCAGGUGAAACUGUACGAUUUUAUUGUGAAGCUUGUUCAAUGUGUAUAUGUGUUCUAUGCACAUUUAAUGCACAUCGUGAACAUGAAGUAACAAGUUUCGGUGAAGCUGUUGCAAAAUUACGACAUGAAAUAAGUAGAAAUUUAGAUACUACAUGUCAACGCAUUGGAAAAGUUCAAUCUCAGUUACAUAACGUCCGAGAUGCUGCUAAUAUUAUACAUAGAAUUGAACAAAGAAUUCAUGAUACUGCAGAACAUUUCAUGGAAGAAAUUCAACGACAAGAACAAGAAUUGAUUAGUGAACUGCAUCAGUUUGUUGGUGAACGUAAUAUGCAUCAUAUACAAAAUCAACCAGAUCAAGAGCAAAAUAUUGAAAUUGCUGAAAAUCUAUUUAAAGAUAUUGCCAAUUCAUUAGAUAAUCAAGACAUGGAAUUAUUGUUAAUUCGAUCAAAUCUAUAUGAAAAAAUUACUGAAUUAAAUCAUUUAGAAUUAAUUACAGAUAAAUUUGAUGCGAUUAAAUUGGAAAUAUAUUUCCGAACUGGAGCUGUAAAUCUAGGCUAUUUAACAAAUGAAUCAGCAAUGAAUAAUAUACAUCAUCACGCUGACGAUGAUGAUGAUGAAGAUGAUGACGAAAAUUAUGAAGAUUUAUCUAUGCCUCUAGAAUGUAGUUCAUCUUCUACCGGUUCUAAUACAUCGUCAUCCAUAGAAUUGGCUAACAGACCAUGCAUAAAUUCAACAGCUUGUCAAACAGAUAUAAGCUUAACAGACCCAAACGAUCAAUGUAAUUUAACUGUUCAACAGAUUCAACUACCAAAUAAGCAGUGCCGUACACGAGCAUGCAAUACAGAGUUAAUAUCGAUGAUAAAUCAAGAAACAAAUACACGUCCACGUGGUAUUCAUACAAUAAUCACAUUUUCAGAUAUUUCUUCAAAUGCAGCGUCGGAAGAAUUUUUAGCUAAACUUGAUAAAGAAACAAUAAAUUUUGAUGAGAUGGAUAAUCUAACUAGAGCGAGGAUACGUCGUAAACUUCAUGAACGUUUUAAUACAGUUGAUCAGAUAUCAAAUGGUGGUAAUAGUAACGGUAUUUUGUGUAAUGCGCCAUAUACAUCAUUGCAUAUUGGAUCAAAUGGAACAUCGCCAGCCUCAAUAACUCAGCCAACAAAUGUCAAUAACAAUACUACAUAUAAUCAUAACGAUGUUCAUUCAAGACGUUAUAGCUCUUAUGACAAACGUUUUCAUUUCUAAAUACGAUUUCUCUUAUUUGAAAUAUGC